AUGACGACCAUCAAGUUCAAUGCAAGGCCUGCAGUAGCCGGAACACCAUGGGUCGACCCAGUCCAUCCAGGAACACGCCCAGAUGUCCCCGAUGGAGCCACCGGACCCCAAAUCACGCGCAUGGUCUCAGCACACAAGUAUGACCUCACCGAAUUCCAGCUCUUCCAAUCCACCGAAAAGGCCCUCUUACGCAAGACCAUGGAAGCCGUCGAAGAAGUCUACUACAAGUCUCUCCAAGACCCCGAUGAAGGAUACUCCACACUCAGCUACAAUGACCUCAUUGUCCACCUCAACGAACAGUAUGGAACCCUCACCAAUGACGACCUUGACAAAAACAUCGACCGCAUGAAUGCCCAAUGGACAGGCUUGGUCGGUAACCGGUGGUUGAGAAUUGCUUUCUAA